AUGCCGCCGCAUCUUCACCCCCGCUCGCGGUCUACAACCGGCCUCUUCGCCGGCACUCUCCUCGCAUCCCUGCUAGUUGUUGGCAUGCCACACGUCUUCCCUUGCCCGGCCCCUCGACGCACAUUCGCCGACUCAGAAAUGACAAUCACAGCCGAUGGUCAACAAUUACCACGCAUUCGCCGUCGGAGGCGAAAGGAAGUCGAAAUGGACGCGGAAACUGCCCACCCUGUCCUCCCGACUUCCUCCGGCCCCGUGGAUGAGGAAGUCUCCACGUUCUUCCAGAUGGAAGCGGAGGCUCAGAAGUUGACACAAGCGAAUCACGAAUGUCCUAUCCCAAAACCGAAGGGUGUGAUUGGCGAAUUUCUGGGAUUCCGCAAUGCUCGCGGAGACCAGCAGCGCCAGACAACAGAGGCACCCGUGGGAGAUCAGUAA